GUACAGCGCAUUGUAAUGACGAAAUGUCUUUCACAGUAAUCUAGUUCGCGCAAAGCACACAUACUCCAUUUUAUGCGUUUUCGGUUUUCCAAACAAUAUCCUAAAGAUUGCGAGGCAACCCAUUCCUAGUUGCAUACCGUAUCGCCCUUGAAGACUAGCAAACCGUAUGGCAAUUACCAACAGAACAGGCGUAGCUGCAGCUUUACUUCCAAUCAUUCUCAAUCCAACAAGGACAAAUGCUCUGCAAGCUAGCUUUUCCUACUUGCCAAUUGCAACCGCUGCUGUGGGUGUACCCGCUGGCCUCCAAGCGCGCAUACAUAACUAUGAUGUGGCCGUGAUAGGACUAGGUGCUUUCGGCAGCUCGGCACUGUACCACAUAGCCCGGUCAGGCCUGAAGGUCAUCGGCAUAGAGCGACAUCGACCCGUGGGACAUGCAUUGGGGUCCUCACAUGGCGCCUCUCGCAUCAUUCGCCUCGCCUACUUUGAGGGGCUGCAGUACGGGCCUCUUCUGAAACGCAGCCUUCGUUUGUUCCUGGAGUUGCAAGACGAGCUUAUGGAACAACCGCUUGCCCACGGCAAACAGGCGCCGACUGCGUCCCCGGCUCCGCUCUUCCAGCGAACAGGCAUGCUAGAUGUGGGAUCGGUGUUUGAGAGGGCACUGGAGUCAGCAAGGGCUCAUGGGCUGCAGCACGAGAUCUUGACUGGGCCGGAGCUGACUAGGCGUUUCCCAGCCUACCGGGUUCCGGAGCACUGGCGGGCUCUCUACCAGCCAGAUGGCGGGGUACUUGCGCCUGAGAGGAUUGUACAGGCCCACGUGACCCUGGCGCAGCGGCUGGGAGCGGAGGUGGUGGUUGGUGAAACGGUGACAUCAUGGCACACGGAAGGAGAUUCCAACGACUCACCGGUUACGCUGACAACGGUGCCCACCUCGGACGUGGUUGCUGGAGAGGCCGGCAGUGGCGGUGGUGGUCGCACUAUAACGGCAGGGGCUGUGGUGAUGGCGCCGGGUCCGUGGAUUGGGCAAUUAGUCCCGGAGUUGCGGGACUUAUGCGUACCGGAACGCCAGGUGGUCGGGUGGUUUGACAUUGAAGCCUCCGCCCGACGCGACUUUACGCCCGAACGCUUCCCGGUGUUCGUGUUGGAGGAGAGCCCCGGCGGUACCGCCUACUACGGCUUCCCGGAGCACGGCGAACUUCCAGGCUUCAAGAUCGGCCUGUAUCACCAUCUACGACAAGACAUCCGGGAUCCGGCUGCUCUAGAUGCCGUACAGCGCACGGCAGAUGCUGCUGAUGAGGCUGCACUGCGAGCCGGCGUUGCUUCGUACUUCCCAGCGGCAGCCCGCGGGCGCCUGUUGUCAUCCAGCGCCUGCUUCUUCACCAACACGCCGGACGGCCACUUCCUAGUGGACCGCCACCCCUUACAUCCGCAGGUGAUCCUGUGCUCUGCCUGCUCCGGUCACGGAUUCAAGAUGAGCUCCGGCAUUGGGCAGCUCAUAGCCCGA